CAGGGAUUUACUCGAGAUACUUAAUUCUGGUGCUGUUUAGAGAUGCUUUGUAUGAAGGUUUGGUGUCUUUCCCAGCUUAAGCACAGUAUCAGGCUCAGAAUUCUCUGAAAUAGCUAUGCACUUCAUUUCUCCUGAGCGAUUCUCACGCCUGUAAUCGGGGGACAAUAAGGAUGCAAUUCGAAGUCCUACGCUUUCCAAGGACAAGCAGUUCUAACAGGUAAGGUUACUGCCGUAUGACACCGCUGUUUUGUGAGCGGCAGAAAGCACAGUCGCUGCAAAGCAGAGCAGCCCCUGGGACUCCCCCGGGCAGCCAGGCGUUCGUGGCCGGAGGGGCCGCGGUGUUCAGCUUUUCAAGCCAGGAGCCGAGGGGCAGCACCCGUUUCCCUCGAGGCCGCUCUCCCGGGCCGGGGAGUGCCCGUGCCGCCGGGAGAGCGCCAGGCUGUGCUCCGGCGGGCGGGCGGGGCAGCGGGGGCCCGUCCCGACUGCUGCGGCCAGCGAGAGGCACUCGGUUGCACGACAAGCCUCGUGCCGGCUGGGGCAGCUCUACCUCCGCCCUCCCUCCUCCUCCUCCAUUUAUUUCGUUUUAUCACAUUUAUUUAUUUGCAUUCAUCGGAAUAAUAAAAAUGAGAAAAUCCGAGCGCUGCUUUUGGCUGUUCUCCACCAACCUGUCAGUGACGCAAGCGGAGAGUACUUAAAGGCAGAUUAGAGGCAGCAAGACACUAAAAGCCAGCCUUCCUCCCACCACGCAGCGGGUCCGCCGCGCCGCCCCACGAACCGAGCGGGCCGGGCCGGUGGCGGCCGCCGCGGGGCCCCGAGCCCAGCCCAGUCCAGCCGAGGCCAGCCCGGCCCAGCCGAGCCGAGUCGGGAGCCCUCGGCACGGCUGCCGCCUCCAGCAGCCUUUCCGCCACGGGACUGCGGGCGGUAGAGAGGCGUUUCUCUUUUGUUUGAUCUUCCUCAAAAAGAGGCGGGGGGAAAAGGAAGGAAGAAGUGAAGAGAUCCCCUCCGCUUCCCAAAGUCUUUGUCUCCGGAUGAACAGCGAUGGGGGAAUGGACUAUUCUAGAGAGGCUACUGGAAGCUGCCGUGCAGCAGCAUUCUACUAUGAUCGGGAGGUACUGGGUGUUCCAGAUCAUCAUGGUAUGCACUCCCAGCCUUUGCUUCAUAACAUACUCCGUUCACCAGUCUGCUAAGCAGAGGGAACGUAGGUACUCCACUGUCUUCCUCACCUUGGAGAGGGACCAGGAUUCCAUGAAGCGUGAGGACAGUAAGAAAAUCAAGAACACGAUUGUCAAUGGGGUGCUGCAGAACACUGAGAACUCCACCAAAGAGGCAGAACCAGACUGCUUAGAAGUGAAGGAAAUCCCCAAUCCUGCUAUCAGAACUACAAAGUCAAAGAUGAGGAGGCAAGAAGGCAUUUCUCGAUUUUAUAUCAUCCAAGUGGUCUUUCGAAAUGCCCUAGAGAUUGGAUUCUUAGUGGGACAGUAUUUUCUGUAUGGAUUCAAUGUCCCUUCCAUGUAUGAAUGUGACAGAUACCCUUGCAUUAAAGAAGUAGAGUGCUAUGUCUCUAGACCCACUGAGAAGACUGUAUUCUUGGUAUUCAUGUUUGCUGUCAGUGGGAUUUGUGUGGUGCUCAAUUUGGCAGAACUGAACCACUUGGGCUGGAGAAAGAUCAAAAUGGCAGUGAGAGGAGUACAGGCAAAAAGGAAAUCCAUAUACGAAAUCAGAAAUAAGGAUCUGCCAAGAAUGAGUAUGCCCAACUUUGGCAGGACUCAGUCAAGUGACUCAGCUUAUGUGUGAGGUUGUGACAGAACUGAAACACCGUGCCAGGUGGAACAGACCCAGAUACCAUUAGAGAAAGGUACAUUGCUUAGGCAAGCAUUUUAUCAAACCACCAAGAAAGCCAUUAAGGUAUUGGAUCCGCACUUACUGAACUAGCUGCAGAAUGCAGUGCUAUGUAAAAGACUGAAAAAACAGCUAUAAACCCAUGCUUGAUCUAGCCUUACAGCACAGCUACUAUUAUUCCUACUUUUCUUUCUAAUGACUGACAGCGUUACCUGUCGGUGGAACAGCUUUUUGGUCGUUGUUAGGAUAAGUUUACAGUUUGGACUGUCUGACUAAUUGUUGUAAAUGUGUAGAAUGUUUGUAUUAAAAAUCUGCAAGGAUACUCUAUGUGGGGUGGGGUAGGGGAAACUGUUGCAAUGUGCAGAUGUAAGCAUGAUUUAAAAGGAGGAUAAUCGCACUGUAAGGAGCCUGACCACAGCUCAAUAAGGAUAUCUGCGUUCACCUAUCUCACAGAUGUCUUAUUUUGCUUGUCUAAAUCACAGAGUUUAUUCCUGGUGUGUAUUAUUAGCUAUUUUCUAUCAUAGUUUGUGCAUCAAUUAGUUAUGCUAAACAAUAAACGCUGAAUAUAAUUUUGGCAUUUUAUUUGUUUGCCUGUCCACACACACACCAGAGACCUUAAUCAUCUUACAUUAGUUGUGAUCUGCAGAAUAUAUCAGUACAUUUCAGUUUAUUCCCUAAUAUGUGCAUGAAUAAAAUGGAGUUGGUUUAUGCCAACCAAGUUAUGUAUUUACCUACGAUCAGCUAUGACACACAUACCAAAGGAACAGAGUUCAUUGCUUUUAACUGUGAAUAUAUCACUUUCUCUCUGCUCUUAUUUAUAUAUAAGUGCCAUACUUGAAACACCUAACUCUGUACUUAAUCAAAAGGUUGUCUUGGGAUACCAGCUGGAAUAAAGUGAUUUUAUACUCUCCUUUGUUUAUUUUAUGCUAUUUGUUUAGUCAUUGCAAUGGUGUAAAAAGCAUCUAAAAUCUCUAUUGAUAAAUAAAGUACUUGACUUUUUUUGUAA